AGCGUCUGGGCACCCAGAGCACUGUGAAUAUCCUGCUGCCGUCUGACAUCAGUGAGCUGUUCCGCUCUGAGGGCCUUCACCCCCGACGCAUGACUCUGCAGCCAUGGGCCACACACAGAGAGACACGGCAGCACAGCAAGGGAGUCUUCCUCAAGAAUGGGGCAGAGUGGCGUGCCGACCGUCUCCUGCUCAACAGGGAGGUGAUGAUGGCUCCUGCCGUACGUCGCUUCCUGCCCCUCCUAGACGAAGUAGCAAGGGAUUUCUGCCGUCUGCUAGCGACCCGUGUGGAGAAAGAGGGAGGAAAGGAGGAGAGGGGUCACAGUCUGACUAUUGACCCCAGCCCUGACCUCUUCCGCUUCGCCCUGGAAGCCAGUUGUCAUGUCCUGUAUGGAGAGCGUAUCGGUCUCUUCUCCACCUCUCCCUCCCAGGAGUCUCAGAAGUUUAUUUUUGCAGUUGAGAGAAUGUUGGCCACCACCCCUCCUCUCCUCUACCUGCCCCGUCUGCUGUGGCGUCUGGGCGCCCCCCUCUGGACACAACACGCCACUGCAUGGGACCACAUCUUCAGCCACGCUGAGAAAAGGAUCCAGAGAGGAGUCCAGCGUCUGCGCUCCACCCAGGCUGCGGGAGGUGGUAGUGGGGGUGCAGAGGGAGACUUCACAGGGAUCCUGGGUCAGUUGAUGGAUAAAGGACAGUUGUCUCUGGAGCUCAUUAGAGCCAACAUCACUGAACUCAUGGCCGGGGGAGUGGACACGACGGCGGUGCCCCUGCAGUUUGCCCUGUACGAGUUGGGUCGUAACCCGGCAGUGCAGGAACAGGUCAGAGGUCAGGUGCGGGUAGCGUGGGCAAGAGCCGGCGGUGACGCCCACAAGGCCCUGCAGGGGGCGCCACUACUGAAGGGACUCGUCAAAGAGACCCUCAGGUUAUAUCCAGUUGGAAUUACUGUCCAGAGAUACCCAGUCAGAGACAUCAUCAUCCAGAACUACCACAUACCUGCUGGGACAUGUGUCCAGGCGUGUCUGUAUCCUCUGGGGAGAAGUCGAGAUGUGUUUCAGGAUCCAGAGCGUUUUGACCCUGGUCGCUGGGGGACUCAGGAGUCUGGAGAGGGGGCUGGAGGGGGUGGAGGGUUCCGUUCCCUGGCGUUUGGAUUCGGGGCCAGGCAGUGUGUUGGCAGGAGGAUCGCUGAGAACGAAAUGCAGCUGCUACUGAUGCACAUCCUGUUGAGUUUCCGUCUCAGUGUGUCUUCUUCAGAGGAGCUCAGCACCAAAUACACCCUAAUCCUCCAGCCUGAAACCCCACCACGCAUCACCUUCAGCACACUCUGACACACACCCCCCCAACACACACACACAUACACCAAUCGUUUAACCAACCAAACAAAUCAAUCAUUUUAUCAAUCCAUUAUACCAGGUAAUCUCAAUGAACUCACCAACAGCCUUACUAUAUAGUCCACAUGAAAACAUCAAAUAAUAAUAAAGUCCUAUUUCAGGUCAA